CAGAGAACCAGAAACAGAGAGAGCUCCGAGCUACUCAACCAUGGCUAUGGUGCAAAAGCAAAGAGAUAACUUUUCUCUUUCUUCUCUUCACGAGAUUAAAAAGCUGGCCUCCGCUCCGAGCUGCUCAACCAUGGUUGCGGUACAAAAGCAGAGAGAUAAUUCCUCUCUUUCUUCUCUUCACGAGAUUGAAAAGCUGGAGAGGCCACCGAAGACCGAAGAAAAUAUGUUCCGGAAGAAAUCUUCUGGGUUUAACCAAAUGACUACUACACAAGGAGUCAAUGAUGCAGAUAAGUUAAGAAGUUUCAAGCGAAAGAGAGCAACAACUGACUGCUUAAAUGUAUCGUCCGAAGCUCAGUCUUCCGUCUUACAACAAGCAAAAGAGGUUCAAGCAAAUCUGGAACCAGAUUUCCCUAGCCUGAUCAAGACUAUGAGUCGAUCGCAUGUUACUGUUGGAUUUUGGCUGGGUCUCCCGAAGCACUUUUGUUCUGCACAUUUGCCUAAGCAUGAUGCAACAAUUGUUUUGGAAGAUGAAAGUGGGGAAGAAUUUGAAACAAAAUAUCUAGUUGAAAAGGUGGGUCUAAGUGCAGGAUGGAGAGGGUUUUCUAUUUCUCACAAAUUACUGGAGGGAGAUAUAGUAGUUUUCCAUUUAGUCGAGCCUUCAAAAUUUAAGGUAUACAUUGUGAGAUAUAAUGGUUCAGAUGAAGUGAAUGGUGCGCUUGCCCUUUUAAAAUUGGAUGCCUGCCCAAAACAACUGAUUUGUGAUGUGGAUACCAAGGCUUGUGAAAAGAUAGAAAUCGAGAAUUUGGAGUCUCUUUCUCACAAAAAUAGUCAAAAGAAUAACUUGAUGGUCUGUGGUACUGAUCUCAGGCCAAUAUCAGAUCCUUUAGAAGAUGACAGUGAUUUCAGCUCAGAAAUUUUGGAUGGAAUUAGAUUAGCAGAAUCUGUUGUUGAUUUUAAACAAGUCAGAAGCAUUGAGGAUUUCGUUGUUCUCGUUAAUGGUUUAGUUAUAAACUCUGAGCUCCCGAAGUUCCUUCUGACCAAGUACCACAAGCUGUGCUGCAGUCAGAAAGCAUUUCUUCAUGACCAUCUCCUCGAGGGUCUUAACUGUAAAUUAGCUGCUGGAAUAAUUUCUGAGACUAUUAACAUUUCCGAUGCCAUUAGAGCCUCCAAGAUUUGCACUUCACAAGAUAAUUUUUCCACUUGGGAAAAAACUUUGAAGGCCUUUGAGGUGUUGGGCAUGAACGUGGGUUUCCUGCUUGCACGGCUAGAGCAGCUUAUGAAUAUUUCACUUAAAUCAAAGAGGUAUAAAGAAGCUAUAGUUGAACGAGCUCAUGCAGAGGAGGAGAUAAAAGCUCUGGAGACAAAGCUUCUGGAAGCAAAAGAGAAAAUGAAUAGCCUUGAUAUCGAGAUCGAGAAUCUAGAUGUAACUGCCAAUAAGCUUGAACUUUUGUUUGUAGAAGUGGCUAAUGCCCCUUGGUAAUAGGAACGUUUGUGUUGUUGAUUAACAGUCUUUUGUAGACUAUAGUAUAUUCCGGGACCAGAAAUUUGUAAGAGAUGUUUUGUUUUAUAGGUAUAUACCUAUUUUUGUGAA